UCGCCGGAAAUUCUCAGUGAUGGCCAGUGGAAGCGACGAGUUCGUGAAAUGUUUGUUUUGUCAUUUCAUUCUCAGUGAUUCCCUUCUUUGUCAUUGUUUUGUUAUCCAUUUUCAGAGGACGGUCCUCGCAAUGCAAGAAAAUGGAAUCGGGUUGUUUCCAGAUGUUGGGUUUUCAUAUAUAGCAGCUCAUAGCCCUGACGGAGGAUUUGUUGGUGCUUACCUUGGUAUGACUGGGAGAAGGAUUUCCACACCUUCAGAUGCACUGUUUGUGGGUCUUGGGAAACAUUAAAGACAUGUAGGCAUCUGGAAAGCUAGGCACACUAAAAGAAGCCAUUUUGUCAGCUGAUCUGUAGGCAUUCGCAGACUAUUUUGUUCGACAUAUUUCGAUCGAUUACAUAUGCAUAUUUCAGAUAUAGGAGGUUUUAGUAUUACUCUGUUUUUUUUUUCUCUCAGAAAGCAUAUGUGUUGGUAAUACAGUUCCAAGGAUCCC